AACUCUAAAGCGAAAUCAAAAUUUAUGGAGCCUUAAACAAACCCAGAGAGAGACAGAGACCCUGCGAGAUUUGAUUCGUGAACUCACUCUCUCUCUCUCUCUCUCAAACCCUAUUGGAGUUACGAUCUCUCGUUCGUAACUCCUGAAUCAUUUUUCCCUUUCGAUUUUGAUCCCUCUUUGUACCCAGAUCUGUCUCUCUUUUUUGGAACGAUCGUUUUUUUGUUUGUUCUUCCCUGGUUUCGCGGUUCUCGAUCGGACAAAACACGGAGAUGGGUGUUCUCCGGCGUUAAGGUUUCUAUUUUUAAGAUUAACGUCUGCUGAAUUUUACCAAAGCCUGUUUGAUUUGUGAGUGUUGUCGUCAUCGCUAUUGGAGGAUUCAAAAAGACGCUCGAAGAACAACAAGAUUAUAGCAUUAGUUGUUGGUGUCAUCAUCAUCAGAUUGAGGGAUAUGUGAGUUAUGGUAUCAGGGUCAUUUAUGCGGAUCGUUUCAAAUUGUUGGAGACCUUCUGGUGAGGGAGAAAAUUCCACGAGACAAGGGGAUUCGAAUGGACGGAUUGAUGGGCUCUUGUGGUACAAAGAUUCAGGGCACCAUGUUUCGGGGGAGUUCUCGAUGGCUGUGAUCCAAGCCAAUAAUCUUCUCGAAGAUCAUAGUCAGGUCCAGUCGGGGCCGAUGAGCUUGGUUGAUUCGGGUCCUCAAGGAACUUUUAUCGGUGUAUACGAUGGUCAUGGAGGUCCAGAAGCUGCCCGGUUUGUCAAUCAACACCUCUUCGAUAACGUCAGGAAAUUUACAUCGGAGAGUCAUGGAAUGUCGGCCUCUGUCAUAACGAAAGCAUUUUUGGCUACAGAAGAGGAAUUUCUUUCACUUGUGCGCAAACAAUGGCAGACAAUGCCCCAAAUUGCUUCCGUUGGAGCGUGCUGCCUCGUAGGAAUUAUAUGUAGUGGAUUGCUGUACAUUGCAAACGCGGGAGAUUCUCGGGUUGUGUUAGGAAGACUUGAGAAAGCGUACAAAGUGGUCAAGGCUGUUCAGUUAUCCUCCGAGCAUAAUGCAAGUCUUGGCUCUGUGAGAGAGGAGUUGCGUUUGCUUCAUCCAGAUGAUCCUCAGAUUGUCGUCUUGAAACACAAAGUCUGGCGAGUGAAAGGCAUUAUUCAGGUCUCAAGGUCGAUCGGUGAUGCCUACUUAAAGAAAGCAGAAUUCAACCGGGAGCCUCUGUUAGCAAAGUUCAGAGUUCAGGAACCUUUCAGCAAACCGAUCCUUAAAGCCGAGCCUGCUAUUACCGUACACAAGAUUCAGCCUGAGGAUCAGUUUCUUAUAUUCGCAUCAGAUGGUCUUUGGGAGCACCUAAGCAAUCAGGAGGCGGUCGAGAUCGUGAGUACCUCUCCACGAAACGGAAUUGCGAGGAAGCUGAUCAAAUCUGCGCUAAGAGAGGCAGCGAAGAAGAGAGAAAUGAGAUAUUCGGAUCUGAAAAAGAUAGAGAGAGGCGUGAGGAGACAUUUCCACGACGACAUAACGGUAAUAGUCGUCUUCCUCCAUUCCCACCUCAUCAGCCGCGGCCGCAGCCGCCCUAUCCUCUCUGUUACCGGCGGCGGCGACUUGGUCGGACCCUCCACUUCCCCCUUUUCCUAAUCCCACACACCCUCCUCAAGCCUCACCUUCAUAUAUAUAUAUAUGUAUGUUCAGAAACAGAGCCUUUUUUUCUUCCUUUUUCAAUAUAUAUAUUUAUUUUUUUCCAUUUUUUAAUUCACCCUAAACAAGAGUUGAAGGGUUCGAAAGAGCCGAUGUAUAGGAGUGGUCUCUACAAGACAACUUGAUGUUUUCUAUGGAAAGCCCUCGCUUCUUUAGAUGUUGUCGUGGACAUACCAAUUCGAUUUGUGGGUUGUGAAUGACAAAAAUUAGCCAACCGAUCGAGCUUUUGGAUGUGGGAUUAUAUUUCGAGCUCAGCUUUUUUGGAUUUUGUAAUAUUGUACUCAUUUGUAUAUCGGAUUUUAA